AUGGCCGUGGCUCUUAUGGCUUUUCUUCCGUACCUAUCGAACCCACGACUAGAUCCAAGCGAGCCCCCGCUAGUAAAACCCCGGGUUCCUCUUGUUGGACACCUCCUUGGUCUCAUGACGAGCCGGGUCUCUUAUUUCAGCCAGCUCUACGAGAGGACGAACCUCCCCAUAGCCACGCUGCCGAUCAUGAAUAAGAAGCUAUAUGUGAUCUUCUCGGCACCACUGCAGCAGUCUGCAAUGCGGUCCAAGAAUAUGGAGCCUGAAGCGUUUACCGCCAAUUUCAUCCCACGCAUCUUCGGAAUAAAGCAGGGCACCCUCGACGCCAUGCUUGGUCGGGACGGUAUCCAUGAGUCCAUGUCUGGCCCAAUGCAGCGCGUCUUCCAGACCACCCUGUCGGGCGAUGCCUUGCAUGACCUGACGCUGUCCACCAUGGACUGUGUUGCCGACACCCUGAACAUCAUUGGCGGCCGCGGGCUCGAGGUCCCAAACUUGUACAUGUGGUUGAGAGAAGUAAUGAGUUACGCCACAUCGGUGGGGCUCUUCGGCCGGGAGAACAACCCAUACGGCAAGGACCCGACCGUUAUAGAUGCACAAUGGGACUUCGCGGACUACAUGGCGCCUCUCAUGCUCGGCAUCCUCCCCUCCAUCGUGGCUCGCUCGGCACACCUCGCCCGCACGAAGGUGUCAAACGCGCUGGAGCCAUACUACAGACAGCAGCUUGACCAAGACAGCCAGACGAGCGCGUUCGUACGCACCCGCACCAAUCUCAUCCGACAAUACGGCCUCCCCAUCGACGAGAUCUCCAAGAACGAGGUCUCCGUCAUGCUCGCCGCCACAAGCAACACGAUCCCCAUCCUGUUCUGGUACAUCUCCAACAUCUUCCUACGCCCAGACCUCAUCCGCGACCUCCGCUCCGAGCUGACCCAGGCGCUGGAACUCCAGCGCCCCUCCGGCACCGAGGCCAUCAUCACUAUCAAGCUCGCCCACCUCGAGACAAAGUGCCCCCUCCUGACCAGUUGCUACCGCGAAUCUGUCCGCCUGGCCAGCCAGAUCAUCACGUUCCGGCAGGCGCGCGAGGACACGGUCGUCACCGACGGCGGCAGCGGCGGCGGGCGGUCGUACCUGCUCCGCGCGGGCUCGACGGUCAUGAUGCCGGCGCGCGCCGUGCACCGACACCGGCCCAUCUGGGGCGCCGACGCGGACGAGUUCGAUGCCCGCCGCUUCGUCGUCGGCGACGACGACGACGAAGGGGACGCGGAGGGGAGGAGGCGCCUGCGCAAGGUGGCGUGGGUGCCGUUUGGCGGUGGGAGGCAUCUGUGUCCCGGGAGGAGGUUCGCGCUCGCCGAGAACCUCGGCUUUGCGGCGGUGCUGGUGCUUGGGUUUGAGGUGGUCGGUCUGCUGGCGGAGAGGAUUCGUAUGGUUGAGUCGAGGAUGGGCGAGGCGGCGAAGCCGGCGGGGGGGUGGGAGGGGGGACCGGUCGUGGUUGGCAGGAGGGAGGGGUGGGAGGGAGUCACUUGGAAGUUUGCUCUUUAG